GGGGUGGAAGAGGUUGCUAGCCCUUGAUAAAACUUGGCAGAACACGACAAUCUACGUACAGCUGCAACAUUUGAUCUUGAACUCCAUUUCCGGCCACCGCAUCUGCUUUCAAAAUGAAAACUUUUUUUCUCAUCCUAUCCUUGUUAUACAUCUCAUUUGGGGAAGUCUUAUCCACUCCUGAUCCUCAGCGAUAUGAGUCAAUUUUCAACUUCGGUGACUCGCUCAGUGACACCGGAAAUUUUCUUCUUUCAGGCGCCUUGGCAUUUCCAGUCAUAGGGAAGCUCCCUUACGGCGAGACCUUCUUUCAACACGCAACAGGGCGUUGCUCCGAUGGACGCCUAAUUGUUGACUUCAUUGCGGAGGCAUUUGGGUUGCCAUAUCUUCCUCCAUACCUAUCAAUUACCAAUGGUCAAUAUCCCCGGCAUGGAGUAAAUUUUGCUGUUUCUGGAGCCACGGCACUCGACCCAGAAUUCUUCAAUUCACAAAGAAUAGGGCAACUCCUAUGGACAAAUGACUCUUUGAGCGUUCAGCUUGGUUGGUUUAAGAAGCUCAAGUCUUCCGUUUGUGCAAGCAAACAAGAUUGUGAUAACUACUUCAAGAAAUCGCUCUUCCUCGUGGGAGAAAUUGGUGGAAAUGAUUAUAACUACGCUUUCUUUGCCGGGGGAAGCAUUAAACAACUUCGAGCUGCCGUUCCUGCUGUUGUUGAAGCAAUUACUCGGGCCACCAGUGCAUUGAUAGAGGAAGGGGCGGUGGCGUUGGUGGUGCCGGGUAAUUUUCCGAUUGGGUGCUCAGCAGUUUAUCUAACCUUGUUUCCAAGCACUCGCAAAGCCGACUAUGACAGGAGAAAUGGGUGUUUGAAGGCAUUCAAUGCUUUCGCUAAGUAUCAUAAUAAUCAACUAAAACGUUCCCUGGAGACGCUGAGACAAAAGUAUUUGCAUGCAAAGAUAAUUUAUGCAGAUUAUUACGGUGCUGCAAUGCAAUUCUUUCAUGCACCACGGCAUUACGGUUUUUUCAAUGGAACUUUAAAAGCAUGCUGCGGAGGGGGUGGACCAUACAAUUUUAAUUACUCGGCAAGGUGUGGUCAUACUGGAUCCAAAGCCUGUGCAGAUCCAUCUACUCAUGUAAACUGGGAUGGAAUUCACUUGACCGAGGCUGCUUACAACCAUAUAUCCAAGGCUUUGAUCACUGGCCCUUUUUCCACCCCUCCCCUCACCUCCUGAUCUCCUCUCACAUAUACUCUUAGACACAGUACAAUUGAUGUCGUAAUUACAUCAUGCCAGAGAGAUAUCAUUAUGUAUUUGGAUGGAGGUUUCAAAUUAGGUGAAACUAAUCGGUCGAUCGAGUGGCUUAUGUUUUUUCAGAACCAUGCAUGCAUUAAUUCUAGUACUUUUGGCCAUGUCUA